UUCAACGGAAGAGAAAGAGGAAUGAAGAGACUUCUUCUAUUUUUGGUCUUUAUAACAUUUUCUUCUGCAUUUCCUACAGACCGAAAGAUGGAAAAUGAGGAAACCACGCAACUGGCUCAGGCGUAUCUCAACCAGUUCUACUCUCUUGAAAUAGAAGGGAGUCAGCUUGUUCAAAGCAAGAACAGGAGUCUCAUAGACGGCAAAAUUCGUGAAAUGCAAGCAUUUUUUGGGUUGGCAGUGACUGGCAGACUGGACUCAAACACUCUUGAGGUCAUGAGGACACCCAGGUGCGGGGUGCCUGACGUGGGGCAGUACGGCUAUACUCUCCCCGGAUGGAAGAAACACAAUCUCACAUACAGAAUCGUAAACUACACUCCAGACUUGGCUCGAGCUGACGUGGAGGAGGCUAUCCGGAAAGGUUUAGACGUGUGGAGCAAAGUGACUCCACUAACGUUCACCAAGAUCCCCAAGGGGACCGCAGACAUCAUGAUCGCCUUCAGGACCCGAGUUCACGGUCGGUGUCCUCGCUAUUUUGAUGGCCCCCUGGGAGUCCUCGGUCAUGCCUUUCCUCCUGGUCUGGGUCUGGGUGGAGACACUCACUUUGAUGAGGAUGAAAACUGGACCAAGGAUGGACCAGGAUUCAACUUAUUUCUUGUGGCUGCUCAUGAAUUUGGUCAUUCCCUGGGGCUCUCUCACUCCAAUGAUCAAACAGCUUUGAUGUUCCCAAAUUAUGUCUCCCUGGAUCCUAGCAAAUACCCACUUUCUCAGGACGAUAUCAGUGGAAUCCAGUCCAUCUAUGGAGGUCCACCUAAGGCAACUGCUAAGCCACAGGGACCCACCGUACCCCAUGCCUGUGACCCGGAUUUGACUUUUGACGCUGUCACCACUUUCCGCAGAGAAGUAAUGUUCUUUAAAGGCAGGCACGUAUGGAGGAUCUAUUAUGAUAUCACUGACAUUGAAUUUGAAUUAAUCUCUUCAUUCUGGCCAUCGCUGCCAGCUGACAUUCAAGCUGCAUAUGAAAACCCCAAAGACAAGAUUCUGGUUUUUAAAGAUGACAACUUCUGGAUGAUCAGAGGGUAUGCUGUCUUGCCAGAUUACCCCAAAUCCAUCCAUACACUUGGCUUUCCAAGACAUGUGAAGAAGAUUGAUGCAGCUGUCUGCGACCACAGCACAAGAAAAACCUACUUCUUUGUGGACAUUUGGUGCUGGAGGUAUGAUGAAGUGAGCCAAACCAUGGACAGAGGGUACCCACAGAGGUUGGUAACAUACUUCCCAAGAAUUGGUCUCCGAGUCGAUGCUGCUUUCCAGCAUAAAGGAUUCUUCUAUUUCUUCCGUAGAGCAAAACAAUUUGAAUACGACCCUAAAGCGAAGACCAUUACCCGAAUGAUGAAAACCAACACUUGGUUUCGAUGUGGAGAACCAUUUAAUUCAUCAUCUGAUUUUAGUACCAGUGAGGGAAAAGUACAUUCAGGAGGGGUGGAACUGGUUUAUUACAAGAAUUUAAACUUGCUUAUUUUCAGUAUUGUUUAUGUGCUGAAAAAAUAGACAGUUAUCAAUAAAUUCUUAGGCCUGAAAUAAACCUCCAGAGGUCCUUUAAUCUAAACUCUGUUUCAAAGUGGAAUAAAACCGUCCUUUAACUUUAAGUUGCCAGUCCUAGUUCUAAAUAUCUACUAGACAAAGAGUUAACAGCUGUUCUGAGCUGCCUGAUUCUAUUUACAGGAAGUUAUGUGUAAACAAAACGCUCACUGUACUUUACAUAUAUUUUAUGCUUUGUAGACUUGAAGAAGUAAACCAUGUGUAUUACAA